AUGUCUGACGUCAUAGCCGGCUCCAGCAUCGCUGAUAUCGUCGCACAGGAGGACGAUGGUGAAGAGGAGGAUGAUGAUGACGAGGAAAAUAUUUAUGGUGAUGAUAAGGAGGAUACCGAUGAUGAUUAUGAGGAGAAUAACGAUAGUGAUAAUGAGGAGUAUGGGGAGGAUGGUGAUGGCGGUGAUGAUGAUGAAGAGGGGGAUGGUGAUGAUGAGGAUGAUGUUGAUGAUGAUAGUAAGGAGGAAAAUGGCGAUGGGGAGAAUAAUGAUGAUGAGUAUGAGGAGGAUAACUAUGGUGGUGGUGGUGGUGGUGGUGGUGAUGAUGAUGAUGAGGAUAAUUAUGAAGAGGGUGAUGGUAAGGAGGAGGUUGAUGAUGAGGAGAAUGGUGAUCAUGAUGAGGAUGGUUAUAAUGAGGACAGGGAUGGAGAUGGUAGUGAUGAUAAGGAGGAUGAGGAUGGUGGUGAUGAUGAGGAUAAUUAUGAAGAGGGUGAUGGUAAGGAGGAGGUUGAUGAUGAGGAGAAUGGUGAUCAUGAUGAGGAUGGUUAUAAUGAGGACAGGGAUGGAGAUGGUAGUGAUGAUAAGGAGGACGAGGAUGGUGGUGAUGAUGAGGAGGAGGAUAGUGGUAAUGAUGAUGAGUUGGAGUAUGAUGAUGAGGAUGACGAUUAUGAUGAUGAGGAAGAUGGUGAAAAUGAUGGUCAUGGUGAUGAGGAUAUUGAUGGUGAUGAUGGGGUUGGUCUUGAUAAUGAGGAUGGUGGUGAUAAGAAUGAUUGUGGUCAUAAUGAUAAUAUUAAUAAUGAUGAUGAUGAUGUUGGUGAUGAUAGUAAUGAUAAUAAUAAAGAUGGAGAAGAUGAUGGUGGUAGUAAUGUUGAUGGUUAUGGUAGUUGUUAUUUGGAAGAUGAUGAAGGUAAAGAUGAUUACAGUGAUGGUGAUGAUGAUGAUGAUAGUAAUGAUAAUAGAGAUGGCGAAGAUGAUGGUGGUAGUAAUGUUGAUGGUUAUGGUAGUUGUUAUUUGGAAGAUGAUGAAGGUAAAGAUGAUUACAGUGAUGGUGAUGAUGAUGGUGAUGAUAGUAAUGAUAAUAGAGAUGGCGAAGAUGAUGGUGGUAGUAAUGUUGAUGGUUAUGGUAGUUGUUAUUUGGAAGAUGAUGAAGGUAAAGAUGAUUACAGUGAUGGUGAUGAUGAUGAUGAUGAUGAUGAUGAUGAUAGUAAUGAUAAUAAAAGAGAUGGAGAAGAUGAUGGUGGUAGUAAUGUUGAUGGUUAUGGUAGUUGUUAUUUGGAAGAUGAUGAAGGUAAAGAUGAUUACAGUGAUGGUGAUGAUGAUGAUGAUGAUAGUAAUGAUAAUAAAAGAGAUGGAGAAGAUGAUGGUGGUAGUAAUGUUGAUGGUUAUGGUAGUUGUUAUUUGGAAGAUGAUGAAGGUAAAAAUGAUUACAGUGAUGGUGAUGAUGAUGAUGGUGAUGAUAGUAAUGAUAAUAAAAGAGAUGGAGAAGAUGAUGGUGGUAGUAAUGUUGAUGGUUAUGGUAGUUGUUAUUUGGAAGAUGAUGAAGGUAAAGAUGAUUACAGUGAUGGUGAUGAUGAUGAUGAUUAUAGUAAUGAUAAUAAAAGAGAUGCAGAAGAUGAUGGUGGUAGUAAUGUUGAUGAUUAUGGUAGUUGUUAUUUGGAAGAUGAUGAAGGUAAAGAUGAUUACAGUGAUGGUGAUGAUGAUGAUGAUUAUAGUAAUGAUAAUAAAAGAGAUGCAGAAGAUGAUGGUGGUAGUAAUGUUGAUGGUUAUGGUAGUUGUUAUUUGGAAGAUGAUGAAGGUAAAGAUGAUUACAGUGAUGGUGAUGAUGAUGAUGAUGAUUAUAGUAAUGAUAAUAAAAGAGAUGGAGAAGAUGAUGGUGGUAGUAAUGUUGAUGGUUAUGGUAGUUGUUAUUUGGAAGAUGAUGAAGGUAAAGAUGAUUACAGUGAUGGUGAUGAUGAUGAUGAUUAUAGUAAUGAUAAUAAAAGAGAUGCAGAAGAUGAUGGUGGUAGUAAUGUUGAUGGUUAUGGUAGUUGUUAUUUGGAAGAUGAUGAAGGUAAAGAUGAUUACAGUGAUGGUGAUGAUGAUGAUGAUUAUAGUAAUGAUAAUAAAAGAGAUGCAGAAGAUGAUGGUGGUAGUAAUGUUGAUGGUUAUGGUAGUUGUUAUUUGGAAGAUGAUGAAGGUAAAGAUGAUUACAGUGAUGGUGAUGAUGAUGAUGAUAGUUAUGAUAAUAGAUAUGGAGAAGAUGAUGGUGGUAGUAAUGUUGAUGGUUAUGGUAGUUGUUAUUUGGAAGAUGAUGAAGGUAAAGAUGAUUACAGUGAUGGUGAUGAUGAUGAUGAUGAUGAUAGUUAUGAUAAUAGAGAUGGAGAAGAUGAUGGUGGUAGUAAUGUUGAUGGUUAUGGUAGUUGUUAUUUGGAAGAUGAUGAAGGUAAAGAUGAUUACAGUGAUGGUGAUGAUGAUGAUGAUAGUAAUGAUAAUAGAGAUGGCGAAGAUGAUGGUGGUAGUAAUGUUGAUGGUUAUGGUAGUUGUUAUUUGGAAGAUGAUGAAGGUAAAGAUGAUUACAGUGAUGGUGAUGAUGAUGGUGAUGAUAGUAAUGAUAAUAGAGAUGGAGAAGAUGAUGGUGGUAGUAAUGUUGAUGGUUAUGGUAGUUGUUAUUUGGAAGAUGAUGAAGGUAAAGAUGAUUACAGUGAUGGUGAUGAUGAUGGUGAUGAUAGUAAUGAUAAUAGAGAUGGCGAAGAUGAUGGUGGUAGUAAUGUUGAUGGUUAUGGUAGUUGUUAUUUGGAAGAUGAUGAAGGUAAAGAUGAUUACAGUGAUGGUGAUGAUGAUGAUGAUGAUGAUAGUAAUGAUAAUAAAAGAGAUGGAGAAGAUGAUGGUGGUAGUAAUGUUGAUGGUUAUGGUAGUUGUUAUUUGGAAGAUGAUGAAGGUAAAGAUGAUUACAGUGAUGGUGAUGAUGAUGGUGAUGAUAGUAAUGAUAAUAGAGAUGGCGAAGAUGAUGGUGGUAGUAAUGUUGAUGGUUAUGGUAGUUGUUAUUUGGAAGAUGAUGAAGGUAAAGAUGAUUACAGUGAUGGUGAUGAUGAUGAUGAUAGUAAUGAUAAUAAAAGAGAUGGAGAAGAUGAUGGUGGUAGUAAUGUUGAUGGUUAUGGUAGUUGUUAUUUGGAAGAUGAUGAAGGUAAAAAUGAUUACAGUGAUGGUGAUGAUGAUGAUGGUGAUGAUAGUAAUGAUAAUAAAAGAGAUGGAGAAGAUGAUGGUGGUAGUAAUGUUGAUGGUUAUGGUAGUUGUUAUUUGGAAGAUGAUGAAGGUAAAGAUGAUUACAGUGAUGGUGAUGAUGAUGAUGAUAGUAAUGAUAAUAGAGAUGGCGAAGAUGAUGGUGGUAGUAAUGUUGAUGGUUAUGGUAGUUGUUAUUUGGAAGAUGAUGAAGGUAAAGAUGAUUACAGUGAUGAUGAUGAUGAUAGUAAUGAUACUAAAAGAGAUGGAGAAGAUGAUGGUGGUAGUAAUGUUGAUGGUUAUGGUAGUUGUUAUUUGGAAGAUGAUGAAGGUAAAGAUGAUUACAGUGAUGGUGAUGAUGAUGAUGAUUAUAGUAAUGAUAAUAAAAGAGAUAGAGAAGAUGAUGGUGGUAGUAAUGUUGAUGGUUAUGGUAGUUGUUAUUUGGAAGAUGAUGAAGGUAAAGAUGAUUACAGUGAUGGUGAUGAUGAUGAUGAUGAUGAUGAUAGUAAUGAUAAUAAAAGAGAUGGAGAAGAUGAUGGUGGUAGUAAUGUUGAUGGUUAUGGUAGUUGUUAUUUGGAAGAUGAUGAAGGUAAAGAUGAUUACAGUGAUGGUGAUGAUGAUGAUGAUAGUUAUGAUAAUAGAUAUGGAGAAGAUGAUGGUGGUAGUAAUGUUGAUGGUUAUGGUAGUUGUUAUUUGGAAGAUGAUGAAGGUAGAGAUGAUUACAGUGAUGGUGAUGAUGAUGAUGAUAGUUAUGAUAAUAGAUAUGGAGAAGAUGAUGGUGGUAGUAAUGUUGAUGGUUAUGGUAGUUGUUAUGGGGAAGAUGAUGAAGGUAAAGAUGAUUACAGAGAAGAUGAUGAUGAUGAUGAUGAUGAUGAUGAUGAUGAUGAUGAUGGUGAUGUUGAUUGA